CCCCAAACGUCAUGCACGAGUGUGUCCAGAGUGUGUCUUGGGCAAGUCAACGAUAGAUAACAGUGAUAAAAGAUUUCUCCAACAAAAUCGUUGGCAGGUUCAAAAUUGGAAAUUCGUCAUAAAGGGUCAAGUUAAGAUAAAACCCCAAACCGUAUCCAGUUGCCACAUGCACAUCUGGAUAUUUUCUGUUUUGUUCCUUAUUCUUAUACAACAAAUCAAGAUCCUGCUGCCAGGCACGUAGACCACGCCUUCCGGCGAAUGUCAAAACACUCGAGCCGCGGUAGAGAGAAGCAGUCAAAGCACCCCGCCAUUCACGCAGUGUCUGAGCAGCAGUAAGGUUUGGAGUUAACCAUCACACAUCGAAUUAACAAAAUGGAAAUCGUCUGGUCUGCCAUCGUUUUGACACUUUUGCCAUGGAUUGGAUCCCUUCCCGCAGGCAUGGCAACCAGGAAACAAAUCAAAACUUGGUACAACGAUAUCAAGAAACCAAAUUGGCGUCCGCCCAAUUUAGCUUUCCCAAUCGUGUGGACUCUGCUUUACCUCACGAUGGGUUUCGCUUCUUACUUGGUCUGGCGUGAUGGCGGCGAGACUUUGAACGGCCCGGCCGGCUUGCCACUCACCCUCUUCGCCAUUCAACUCGUCCUCAACUAUGCUUGGUCGUUCAUCUUCUUCUAUUAUCACAAUCUGGAAUGGGCAUUCUACGAAGUCAUCGCUCUGCUUAUCGGCAUCGCUUCUUGUGUCUACACUUUUAAAUCUGUCAACGAAACGGCUUCUUACUUGAUGAUGCCCUACUUGGUCUGGGUGAGCUUCGCUUCUCUACUCACCUUCACCAUUUGGAGAAUGAAUUUACCAGCAAACAAGAAAAAGAUUUAAAAUGGAUAAUCGUUUGGUUUGGAUUGCUUUCUUUCCAUCCCACAUUCCAACGUUUUCAUUUGAUGAGCAUUUCCAUUUACCGGUUAAUCACAAAAGUUCUCAAAUAAAUGCAUCCAAUAAAAGAA